UAGUCUCGAGCUGGAUCUAAUUUCUUUCGAAGAAGAAUGGAGUGAGUGAAAUUCAAGCAUUGCGACUGUGCGUCUUUGCUGCUCAUCUCCUCCUGAGUGAAUGCACUUGUUGCGCUUCCUCCGCCUCCACCUAACGGACUCGCACUCGUUCCUCCGGGCCAGGGGCUUCGCAACAGGUUCACAUUUUCCCCCAUCGCCGAGGCAAAGCUCUUGAUCCGAGACGUGUUUCACGAUGCCAGUGUUGACGAGUCCAGAGAUCGCCAAGAAGUUCAAGGAGAAAUGGAUGCUGCUGCAUCCGGAGGAUCAGGAGGACGCGGGCGGUGCUCUGAGUUUUGACGACAGUCUGACGAGCCUGCAUUGGCUGCAGAACUUCUCCAUCGUGAGCGCGACUCCGGACAGAGCGCCCGGUUUCGGCUGGCGACCUCAGCAGCUCCUGCACCCUCUGGGUGGCACCGAGUCUCCCUCCAGCCCCCCUGCAGGUGACACUGCUGCCUCGGGCACCGCACACACACCCGGGAAUCCCGCCGUGUCCUGCAGCAAGCUGGCCGGACCGAGCGCCUAUUCGCCGGUGUACGGGCUCAGCGGAGCUCAGUCGCACGAGGAGGUCGAUUAUAAAACCAACCCGCAUGUUAAACCGCCAUACUCGUACGCCACGCUCAUCUGCAUGGCCAUGCAAGCCAGCAAGAAGACCAAAAUCACCCUGUCCGCCAUCUACAGCUGGAUCACCGAGAACUUCUGCUAUUACAGACAUGCCGAGCCCAGCUGGCAGAAUUCAAUUCGCCACAACCUGUCUCUGAACAAGUGCUUUAUGAAGGUCCCUAGACAGAAGGAUGAGCCGGGAAAGGGAGGCUUCUGGCAGAUCGAUCCCCAGUAUGCAGACAUGUUUGUGAAUGGUGUCUUCAAACGCAGGCGAAUGCCUGCCACAAAUUUCACCACCCAGAGACAAAACAGAAUUCUGUCCUCUUGCUCUCCUUACAGCCCCCAGCGCAACCCACAAACGGGCAUGGAUCUCUACCAAGAACCUAUAACUGGCAGCAAGCGCAAACAGGCCUGUCCCAAACGAGGGGGCAAGCUGGGGAGAAUGUCUCAAUCUCCCCUGUUAGCAAGCGAGAUCAAAACAUCAGAUGUGCUCCGGGGAGAUUUCGACCUGGCUUCAGUGUUUGACGAUGUUCUAAGUGGAAAUGGCAGCACAUUUGAGGACCUGGACAUCAACAGUGCUCUGAGUUCCCUCGGCUGUGAGAUGGAGGUGUCCACUCAGAACCAGCAUGCGUCCACUGUGUCCAAAUGGUACAGCAACGAGGACGAGCAGGCCUGUGCUUACUUGGAAAUGAGCAGCAUAAUGGGAUGUAGCAUGGAAGACUUUCAGCGCCAGCAGCAGCCACAGCAACAGCAGAUACACAACCAUCAGCAAUAUUACGAGGGACUGGCCCUGUUUUCGGAUCUGCCUCAGCAGCAGCAACCCUGGGAGAUCAAAGAGGAGGUACAGGCCAUUCCUCUGUCUCUGGAUCAGAGUUACGGUCUAUGCGAAGGAUUUUUCUCUGAGAUGCCUAUGUGGGAGAGGGGAGAGGUUUUUCUCUGA